AUGGAAAACACAAAAACUAACCCCAUUACUCAAUUUGAAGAAAAAGAAUUUCAGGAAUUUCUGUCUACACUUCCAAAAGAAAGAAAAUUAGAUGGAACUUAUCUCUAUUUUUACCAAAACUUUUGGUGCCCAUCAAUUGCUAUCAAACCCAUUAUUUCCUUCCAGAACCAUUUCCAAGCUCAUGAUUCUGACAUAAUCCUUGCCAGCAUUCCGAAAUCCGGAACUACUUGGCUCAAAGCCGUUCUUUAUUCUAUCGCAAACCGGACUCGAUUUCCUACUCUCAAUCACAGUCCUUUGUUCACUUCAAGUCCUCACGCGAUUGUACCUUUCAUCGAGUUCGAUCUUUACUUGAAAAACAAGUUUCCCGAUCUCGAAUCGAUUCCUGAGCCAAGGAUAUUCAAUACACAUGCACCUUAUGCUUCUUUGCCAAGUUCCAUUACAGAUUCCAAAUGUAAAAUAGUUUAUGUCUGUAGAAAUCCUCUGGAUCAGUUCAUCUCUUAUUGGCAGUUUGCUUUUAAGCUUCCUCGCGGAGAGGGUUCUGAUCCGACUCCUCUAGAGGAAGCUUUCGAGUCGCAUUGCAACGGGAUCCAUAGCUUUGGACCGUUCUGGAAUCAUGUUUUAGGCUAUUGGAAUGCGAGCCUGCAAAAUCCUGACAAGGUUUUGUUCUUGAAAUACGAAGAUCUUAAAGAAAACGGCGUCAAGUGCACAAAAAGACUAGCUGAGUUCAUGGGAUUUCCUUUUACAGCAGAGGAAGAGCUUAAAGGUGUUGCGGCAGAGAUAUCUGAGUUUUGCAGUUUUGAAAAUUUGAAAAAUUUGGAAGUGAAUAAGAACGGUAAGCGUCCUUCUGGAGCUCCGAACAGUUCGUUUUUCAGGAAAGGGGAAGUUGGAGAUUGGAGAAAUCAUCUGACUCCGUUAAUGGCAGAGCGUUUGGAGAAGCUUAUUCAAGAAAAAUUGGAGGGUUCUGGUCUAAGUUUCAGUAUGUCCUGCAACAAAGAUGCCUAAUGCCUCCAUCUUCUUUUAUGCUACUUUUCGUCGUUUUUAUUUCCGAAAACACUUCUGUUUAUGUUUUUCAAUUGUUGUUUCAUAAUUUUAUGAUUGCUUCAUAAGUUUUCUUUUCUA